AUGUCUAGGAAGGUGGGUAUGUGUCAUUGAGGUAUAAAGAACGGGUAUGCGUAUGUGUGAUGAUGAUGAGGUACUGGCAGGUAGUAGUGAUGAUUGGUCCUUCGCGAACGAACGGCUCUUUUUGAACGGAUCUUUCUGGUGAACGUCGGGAACCGAAUCGCAUUGGUGAAAGAGCCGUUAUUUUUGGCUCCCUGAUUUGCAUACUGCUUUUUGAGCUCAAAACAAGUUACAAAAGAAUUAUCUAAAGAGGGUGAAUCCUCACUGCAGAAUCAAUAAAUAGUCGGGAGAGCGCGUCAAUCUGGUCCACCCUGAUUUUUGUCAGUGCAUAUAAACAAAAAUUCAUUUUCUUUGCAGGCCAUCUAAUAAUUUGGCCAGGUAAAAAUUUAUUUGAACGCGCAUUUCACGAUCUGACAUAAUGGUAGCCUACCUUUUGGGCUUUACAUUGGAGAUGUGCACUUUUUCAUGGUUCUAAAUCCAUUUUGAAAGCAUUUUGAACGAAGAGCCGUUUGGGAGUGAACCGAAUGAACCGGCUCUUUUACGUGAACGGAGACAAAUGUGCGGGCUCACCGAAAAGACUCGGAAUGCCCAUCACUAGCAGGUAGUCGCUCUCAUGCGCUGGAAACAUUCGCGCGCUCACCACACGUGCGCAAUGGCUGACAAACAUUAGGAUGUGUAGGCUACCCUUUUAACGAAUUCAUAAAGGAAACCCAGUGUAAACAAACAAAGUUGCUGUAAUCUGUUCACUGAUACACUGACACAUACGGUCUGCAGCAUCAUGGCAGAUGGGUGUUAUGGCAAAUGCCACUGUACAGAUGCUGCUUGAUGCUUCCGUUGGUUGACAUGGGCAAAUAUAGCCUACAGCAGCAUCACAGAAUAAUGCAGCCAAUUUAAUACCUAAAUCCCCACUGUAUAACAAAUCCAAUAGCUUUGCUAUCGAUUUCAAAUGUGAAAUGUAUGUUUUUUUAUAUGUUGGUUAAGGUUUCAUCCCAAACUGCACCCUAUUACCUAUGUAGUCCACUACCUUUGACCAGAGACUAUUUGGCCCUGGUCAAAAGUAGUGGACAAUAUAAGGCAGGACUGCCCAACCCUGUUCCUGGAGAGCUACCGUCCUGUAGGUUUUUGCUCCAACCCUAAUCUAGCACACCUGAUUCUAAUAAUUAGCAGGUUGAUAAGAUCAAUCAGGUUAGUAACACCUGGGGUUGGAGCGAAAACCUACAUAAGGGUAGCUCUCCAUGAACAGGGUUGGGCAACCCUGAUCUAGGGAAUAGAGUGCCAGUUGGGAAGCAACCGUGAGUAUUCUGUGAAACGUUUUUUUUUCCCCUUCUCCAUUCAACAGGGUGCUCAUCAACAUCAACAGGCUUCUCAGCAGAUCCCCUCUUUGGUGGAGCUGGAUGAGGUUGACCUGGAGGGAAAUGAAGCGCAAGUCAACAUUAACCCACUUCCUGUGAGUUGUUUAGUUGUUCAUACACCGGAAAGUUCUGGAUAUCAGUUUGGAUUGAAUGGUGCUCAGGUCAUUCGAAAUACACAGGAAGGAUAUAAAACAUUCAGAAAAAUUAUAUAGGGUGCCAUUUGGGACGCAUAUGACCACUACGUGCCUGUUCAGCUUUGGCAGUAGUUGGAACCAGUUGCUGGAACCUCAUUGUGCCUUAGUCAAAGUUAUCAAUGAACAACCCCUUUACCAGAGUAAGAGUUAAUAAAACCAGGAUAAAAAGUAAAAAAAAAAAAAAAAAGGUAAUACAUCAAAUUAGCCCUCAUGUCCCUGUAGGCAGGACCCCGAAGCAAAGUUCAACAGUGAAGCGUUUGUCCUGAAGUUUCUUAAAACCAUACUGUAGCAGAUUACGAAAAUAUCUAAAAUGUUCGAAUUCCCUUUUUAGUGCAUUACUCUUGACCAGGGCCAAUAACGCUCUGGUCAAAAGUUGUACUCUAUAGGGUGCCAUUUGGGAUACACUAUAUUUUUCUGUUGAUGGCCGUUUUGAUAAAACAGAGUUCAUCAACUCACUCCAACAAGUUGAUUUAUGACGCUGUGUAUAAUGAGAUUGGUUUUGUUUUGUCCUUCAGGGGCUGACCGGGGCGGUUGCAAGACUCAUGGUCGGCCUUAGGGUACGUAUCAACACCUAAACUCUAUGUAUUUAUAUCAUGGUAAGUAACAGCUGCAAGUAGGACCGUUAUAGUUGUGGUGUUUGUCUAAUCAGAGUUUUCCCAUGGCAGGAGGAUGACGUGGAGACUCAGUUUGGAAAGGUCCACUGCACCCUGAAGGGGGUUCCCAAGGGCAACCGCCCCGUCAUCAUGACCUUCCACGAUAUUGGACUGAACUGUAUGUUUUGUUGCUGUGAGAGAGCCCUGUCUGGGCUGUGCAGUUUAUCUUCAGUUGAUUGUUAUUGUACACAUCUGGCAGCUAAGAGCUAAGUUCCAUUCCAUAUUGAUGUGCAUCUAAAUACAGCGCUUUGAUGACAAACAGAACUUUAAACAAAUUACUUGUUUUUGUGUGUUAAUUCAGGCUGUCGUGACCUGUAUACAGUCACAUACGGUUGUUCUAUUCAAUUCAAUGUCAAUUUCAAAAGCAUCAAUGCACAGGGAAAAACAACAUUUAGGAGCACUUUGCUGAACUUGUCUUAUAUUCUCCCAUGUGUCUAGACAAGUCGUGCUUCAACCCCCUGUUCAGCCACGAGGACAUGCAGGAGAUCAUGAGGCACUUUGCCGUGUGCCACGUCGAUGCCCCUGGGCAGCAUGAGGGUGCCGCCACUCUCUCCGCCGAGUGAGUGACCAGUGUCACACUCUCAAGUCAAGUCAUCCUUUAUUAGCAGCAUGAAUUUGUGCUUUGCAAGGGGGUUAUUGAGUUGAAGAUUCUCUGGUGGUGGCAGUCCUCCGUGUACCAUGAAAUUGAAUAGAAACAAAUUAGUCGGCUCCAAUGAUUUACCGCCCGUAAGGUGGAGUGCUGCUAGUAAAUUUGCAUACAAACACAUUCAACAAAAUGUACAUAAAUACAUACACUGCUCAAAAAAAUAAAGGGAACACUAAAAUAAAACAUCCUCGAUCUGAAUGAAUGAAAUAAUCUUAUUAAAUACUUUUUUCUUUACAUAGUUGAAUGUGCUGACAACAAAAUCACACAAAAAUUAUCAAUGGAAAUCAAAUGUAUCAACCCAUGGAGGUCUGGAAUUGGAAUCACACUCAAAAUUAAAGUGGAAAACCACACUACAGGCUGAUCCAACUUUGAUGUAAUGUCCUUAAAACAAGUCAAAAUGAGGCUCAGUAGUGUGUGUGGCCUCCACGUGCAUGUAUGACCUCCCUACAACGCCUGGGCAUGCUCCUGAUGAGGUGGCGGAUGGUCUCCUGAGGGAUCUCCUCCCAGACCUGACCUAAAGCAUCCGCCAACUCCUGGACAGUCUGUGGUGCAACGUGGCGUUGGUGGAUGGAGCGAGACAUGAUGUCCCAGAUGUGCUCAAUUGGAUUCAGGUCUGGGGAACGGGCCGGCCAGUCCAUAGCAUCAAUGCCUUCCUCUUGCAGGAACUGCUGACACACUCCAGCCACAUGAGGUCUAGCAUUGUCUUGCAUUAGGAGGAACCCAGGGCCAACCGCACCAGCAUAUGGUCUCACAAGGGGUCUGAGGAUCUCAUCUCGGUACCUAAUGGCAGUCAGGCUACCUCUGGCGAGCACAUGGAGGGCUGUGCGGCCCCCCAAAGAAAUGCCACCCCACACCAUGACUGACCCACCGCCAAACCGGUCAUGCUGGAGGAUGUUGCAGGCAGCAGAACGUUCUCCACGGCGUCUCCAGACUCUGUCACGUCUGUCACAUGUGCUCAGUGUGAACCUGCUUUCAUCUGUGAAGAGCACAGGGCGCCAGUGGCGAAUUUGCCAAUCUUGGUGUUCUCUGGCAAAUGCCAAACAUCCUGCACGGUGUUGGGCUGUAAGCACAACCCCCACCUGUGGACGUCGGGCCCUCAUACCACCCUCAUGGAGUCUGUUUCUGACCGUUUGAGCAGACACAUGCACAUUUGUGGCCUGCUGGAGGUCAUUUUGCAGGGCUCUGGCAGUGCUCCUCCUGCUCCUCCUUGCACAAAGGCGGAGGUAGCGGUCCUGCUGCUGGGUUGUUGCCCUCCUCCACGUCUCCUGAUGUAUUGGCCUGUCUCCUGGUAGCGCCUCCAUGCUCUGGACACUACGCUGACAGACGCAGCAAACCUUCUUGCCACAGCUCGCAUUGAUGUGCCAUCCUGGAUGAGCUGCACUACCUGAGCCACUUGUGUGGGUUGUAGACUCCGUCUCAUGCUACCACUAGAGUGAAAGCACCGCCAGCAUUCAAAAGUGACCAAAACAUCAGCCAGGAAGCAUAGGAACUGAGAAGUGGUCUGUGGUCACCACCUGCAGAACCACUCCUUUAUUGGGGGUGUCUUGCUAAUUGCCUAUAAUUUCCACCUGUUGUAUAUUCCAUUUGCACAACAGCAUGUGCAAUUUAUUGUCAAUCAGUGUUGCUUCCUAAGUGGACAGUUUGAUUUCACAGAAGUGUGAUUGACUUGGAGUUACAUUGUGUUGUUUAAGUGUUCCCUUUAUUUUUUUUGAGCAGUAUACAUACAUACAUACAUACAUACAUACAUACAGUAGACACCUGCAUAGAAAGUGACCUUGAAAACAAACCGAAUGGGUGGGCUGCUAUCAAGAGUUCAACAGCAACGAGGAUGUAGGUCAGAGUAAUGCCCGGUCUGAGAGACACAAGCUGGGAUCUAGUCCCAUCUGUUGUUAGUGGACACUGGGAUCUAGUCCCAUCUGUUGUUAGUGGACACUGGGAUCUAGUCCCAUCUGUUGUUAGUGGACACUGGAAUCUAGUCCCAUCUGUUGUUAGUGGACACUGGGAUCUAGUCCCAUCUGUUGUUAGUGGACACUGGGAUCUAGUCCCAUCUGUUGUUAGUGGACACUGGGUUCUAGUCCCAUCUGUUGUUAGUGGACACUGGGAUCUAGUCCCAUCUGAUGUUAGUGGACACUGGGAUCUAGUCCCAUCUGUUGUUAGUGGACACUGGGAUCUAGUCCCAUCUGUUGUUAGUGGACACUGGGAUCUAGUCCCAUCUGUUGUUAGUCUUAGUGGACACUGGGAUCUAGUCCCAUCUGUUGUUAGACUUAGUGGACACUGGGAUCUAGUCCCAUCUGUUGUUAGUGGACACUGGGAUCUAGUCCCAUCUGUUGUUAGUCUUAGUGGACACUGGGAUCUAGUCCCAUCUGUUGUUAGACUUAGUGGACACUGGGAUCUAGUCCCAUCUGUUGUUAGUCUUAGUGGACACUGGGAUCUAGUCCCAUCUGUUGUUAGUCUUAGUGGACACUGGGAUCUAGUCCAAUCUGUUGUUAGUGGACACUGGGAUCUAGUCCCAUCUGUUGUUAGUGGACACUGGGAUCUAGUCCCAUCUGUUGUUAGUGGACACUGGGAUCUAGUCCAAUCUGUUGUUAGUGGACACUGGGAUCUAGUCCCAUCUGUUGUUAGUGGACACUGGGAUCUAGUCCCAUCUGUUGUUAGUGGACACUGGGAUCUAGUCCCAUCUGUUGUUAGUGGACACUGGGAUCUAGUCCCAUCUGUUGUUAGUGGACACUGGGAUCUAGUCCCAUCUGUUGUUAGUGUUAGUGGACAGCAGGACUAACAGCAGCUGCCUGCCAUGAUAAUCCACUGUCACAUGGCACCUGGUCCACAAGACUCUUAAACAGUCAACAUCAGGGGACUGGGUCACUGCUAGGCUAGUGUAGUUCCCUCUACCUGAAUGUUCAGGUAGUAGAAGUAACCAGUGAGAAAAGAGACGAUGUUCAGAGGGUAGAAAGAGAAUAACAAGGUACCAACAGAUGAUAACAAAUGGAUGAGAAAUUCAAUAAAAAAAUGUCAACAUGUUUGAGAGACUAGUUUGGCAAAAUAACAUGAUGGGUGUGUCCCAAAUGGCACCCUAUUCCCCAUAUAGUGCAUUACUUUUGACCAGAGGCUUUGGUCAAAAGUAGUGCACUAUAUAGGGAAUAGGGUGCCAUUUGGGACACAUCCAUGACUUGUAUCUUGUUAGAGAGGAUGAGGAGCACCUGAGGUAACUUGUUCUGGUCUUCCGCUGCAGGCACACCUACCCCUCUAUGGACCAGCUCUCUGAGACUCUCCCUCAGGUCCUCAAGCACUUUCGGUAAGACCCAAAUCAAAGUUUAUUCGUCACAUACACAGUUUACAGCUGGUAUAAACGGUGCAGCUAAAUGUGUACUGGCAAGCUCCCUCAACAAUGCAGUACAAAUACCAAUAAAAACAUGAUUUUCACUUAUGAUUGAUUUGUUUUACCAUUGAGGAACAUUUUGGAAAUACGUGUUUUAAUAAAAGUGUUAUCCUCCGGGAUCAAAAACACAUUUAUUUUAUUUUAUGUGGAUAACUAAAUAUCAUUUAAAUUACAUUCACGCAGAAGUUUACAUCCUCUUAUUAGAAGCUUCAAACUCCCAUCAAACCUCUUGUUGUUUCCCUUCAGGUUUAAGAGUGUCAUUGGACUGGGCUGUGGUGCUGGUGCCUACAUCAUCGCGAAAUUCGCUGUGAGUUGAUUUUUGUUGCUGUUGAACUCAUUGUUUUUGUUUAAAUUGAGCAGCCAUGAUUAAACUAGGAUUUAAACCUAGUAAAAGUCCUUCCAACAUACCACAGUGUUGAAACCGGCAACAUAAUCGUGAUCAUUGUCAUUGCCAAGCAGCAAGUCCUUUGGAAUGUUAUUUUGUUUGCACACAUCUACACUGUUCUGUACUGUACAGACACUGAACAGACGGUGUGGUGGUUAUCCUUACGUUAGACGAACCACUGAAACAAUGAAGCUUAUAGUAGAUAUCACAACAAAGUUUGUCUUGCUGUACAAGUGUUUGUGUCGUUUCCUGCUCUCUUGAAUCCUAAAUAUGUCCCAAAUGGGUUGCGCUAUGUUCUUCUUCUCUUUAUUCUUCCUGGCUACAGCUGAACCAUCCAGACAAGGUUGAGGGACUUGUCCUCAUCAACAUCAAUGCACGUGCUGAGAGCGUGAUAGAUUCACUUACACACAAGGUAGCAUAGCUUAUCUAACAUAACAUACCAUAACUAACUUUGUAUUAGUUUAUUAUGAUUAUUAAUACCCUCCGACAUAACAAUGGUGACACGCCGAUUUACUCUGAUAGAGUUGAAUUCUUAGGGGAUUACGUAUAGAUCUGCUUUAAUGAUCUUUGUGUUUUGAUCAGAGCCUGGUUGGGGGAGCAUGCACCUCUGUAAACUACCAACUCUCUCUCUGUUCAGAUGACUGGCUGGAUCCAAGCACUACCUGAUCAUGUUAUAAACCACAUGUUUGGAAAGGUAAGGGUAAGAUAGACACAGGAGUAACACUAACACCUUAAUUACUACCUCUGUUCCAUCUACUACACUACAACCACUGACAGUCCGUAUCGAAAGAGCGACAAAUUGUUUUUAAACAUCCUAAAGAUGUAGUUUUGUUCAAUAAACUGUCAAUAUAAGACUUCUGUCCCCCUCUGGAAGCUACAGUGCCUUGCAAAAGUAUUCAUCCCCCUUGGCGUUUUUUCCUAUUUUUGUUGCAUUACAACCUGUAAUUUAAAUGUAUUUUUAUUUGGAUUUCAUGUAAUGGUCUAAUGGACAAACACAAAAUAGUCCAAAUUGGUGAAGUGGAAUGAAAAAAAUAACUUAAAGUGGUACGUGCAUAUGUAUUCACCCCCUUUGCUAUGAAGCCCCUAAAUAAGAUCUGGUGCAACCAAUUACCUUCAGAAGUCACAUAAUUAGUUAAAUAAAGUCCACCUGUGUGCAAUCUAAGUGUCACAUGAUCUAUGUAUGUAUGUAUGUAUGUGUAUAUAUAUAUAUAUAUAUAUAUGUAUGUAUGUAUGUGUAUAUAUAUAUAUAUAUAUAUGUAUGUAUGUAUGUGUAUAUAUAUAUAUAUAUAUAUAUAUAUAUGUGUGUGUUUUUACACACCUGUUCUGCAACACCUCUAAGCAAGGGGCACCUUGAAGACCAAGGAGCUCUCCAAACAGGUCAGGGACAAAGUUGUGGAGAAGUACAGAUCAGGGUUGGGUUAGAAAAAAAUAUCCAAAACUUUGAACAUCCCACGGAGCACCAUUUAAAUCCAUUAUUAAAAAAUGGAAAGAAUAUGGCACCACAACAAACCUGCCAAGAGAGCGCUGCCCACCAAAACUCACAGACCAGGCAAGGAGGGCAUUAAUCAGCGAGGCAAUAAAGACACCAAAGAUAAGCCUAGGGCUGAAGCGAGCCUGCCCAAGCCAAGCACACUCACAGAGCAGGAGGUGGCGAGGUUGGAAAAAAAAGCAACGUUUGGUUCCGAUGUGAACCAUAUGGAAAGACCCAAGACUUGUUUUAAGGGGCGCUUUUGGCGCACCCACACAUCCCGAGCCAUACAGUGAGUGGGGCGCAUCAUUUUACAGGCAGGGAGGGGAAUGGUCAGAAGAAGGAAGAGGGCCAAAUAAGGCAAUCUAAAAGUUAAAAAAAUAAGGGCAAUCACGUGGUGUUUGCAAAAAGGUAAAGUUUGUGGGGACCUCGCAACCAACCCACAUAUGGAGAAAGAACGGUACCUCUUGGGAGCUGCGAUUUUGAAAGAUAAAAAUUGAGAUUCUUUGGGAGUGAAGAGAUAGUGUAUGACUGCAAUUUUAGGUUCUACUUUGACUUUGGGGGGGGGGGGGGGGGGGGGGUGAAUAGUUAUGCACGCUCAAGUUUUCAGUUUUUUUGUCUUAUUUGUUGUUUGUUUCACAAGAAAAAAAUAUUUUGCAUCUUCAAAGUGGUAGGCAUGUUGUGUAAAUCAAAUGAUACAAACCCCCAAAAAAUCCAUUUUAAUUCCAGAUUGUAAGGCAACAAAAUAGGAAAAAUGCCAAGGGGGUGAAUACUUUCGCAAGCCACUGUAUAUACCUGAGUAUGAAUGAUACAAUUACAUUUAUAUUUAAAUAGCUAUGAAUUGUUGUGAAACAUCAACCCCUUGUUAUGGAUGUUUAUAGUCAGUGUCAUAACACAUUACGUGUAUUAUACACAAUGUUAUAACGGAUGUACUUCAUAGAAAGCGUUACCAUUGAGUUUUAUUAUUUGUGCAUUAGGAGGAGAUCCAGAACAACCCUGAUCUGAUCGCCACAUACCGCAACCACAUCACCAAUGAUGUCAACCAGUCCAACCUGGCCCAGUUCCUCAAGUCCUACCAGAGCCGCAGGGACCUGGAGAUCGAGAGGCCUGUCCCGGGGGGAAACAUUAACGUCAGGACUCUGAAGUACGUCACACGGACCGACUCCGCAUCAGGGCCCUGACUCUUACCUGACCACAUGACCUGACCAGGGAAAACUCAGGGCCCUAGCUACUCAUGAUUGUUUCAGAUAUUAUAUUGACUAUGAGCAUUAGCUCUAUUGACUGAGUAUUAGUUAUGAUAUUUACUAUGAGUAUUAAUUAUGAUAUUGAGUAUUAGUUAUGAUAUUGACUAUGAGCAUUAUUAGUUAAGUAGCUAAUUAAUCUGCUGACUCCUGCAGGUGCCCUGCACUGCUGGUGGUGGGAGACAGCUCCCCUGCAGUCGAGGCUGUGGUCGAGAGCAACGCAAAGCUCAACCCAACACAGACAACACUGCUCAAGGUGAGUUUAAUGUGUGACUCAGACAGAUGUAACAAUUAAUAUUACUGUCAAAAGUAGUUUGUAAGUAAAGAUCCAGAAGCACAGUGUCAUUGACCAUCCAAGAACAAUGCAUGUGAUUGGUAAUGAGAAAAGGGUUGUUAAGAUAAUGGUGAUUGGUUGACCCAUAAUCUUUUGUCUUUGUCCAAUCAGAUGGCUGACUGUGGAGGACUUCCCCAGGUGAGCCAGCCUGGCAAACUGACAGAGGCCUUCAAGUACUUCAUCCAGGGCAUGGGUUACAGUAAGUAUCAACUCAGGAUAAUGGAUCAUGGAUCUAAUUGGAAGAUGAUGUUAAUCUUAGUGCAUGUCAACAAGGUAUCACCUGUAGUCAGUGGUAGCAUGCACAGAAAAAGAGAAUGAGAAUCUCUCACGUGGAAUAUUACUGCUCCCCAAUAUUCCAGAAGCCGUCGUCAGCAUGCACUGAGAAAACUGAGGAACUAAAAUGUGGCUACCAGCUUCCUAGUGUACCAAGAGACUAACUUUCAGAGCGAAUAGAGCCCUUGGGGUCUGGUCAAAAGCAGUGCACUACAGUGCCUUCAGAAAGUAUUCAGACCCCUUGACUUUUUCCACAUUUUGUUACGUUACAGCCUUUUUCUAAAAUUGAUUAAAUAGUUUUUCCCCCUCAUCAAUCUACACACAAUACCCCAUAAUGACAAAGCAAAAAGUAUUUUUGAAUUUUUUGCUAAUUUAUAAAACAUUGAUAUCACAUUUACAUAAGUAUUCAGACCCUUUACUCAGUACUUUGUUGAAACACAUUUGGAAGCGAUUACAGCCUUGAGUCUUCUUGGGUAUGACCCUACAAGCUUGGCACACCUUUAUUUGGGGAGUUUCUUCCAUUCUUCUCUGCAGAUCCCCUCAAGCUCUGUCAGGUUGGAUGGGGAGUGUUGCUGCACAGCUAUUUUCAGGUCUCUCCAGAGAUGUUCGAUCGGGUUCAAGUCCGGUCUGUGGCUGGGCCACUCAAGGACAUUCAGAGACUAGUCCUGAAGCCACUCCUGCGUUGUCUUGGCUGUGUGCUUAGGGUCGUUGUCCUGUUGGAAGGUGAACCUUCGCCCCAGUCUGAGGUCCGGAGCACUCUGGAGCAGGUUUUCAUCAAGGAUCUCUAUGUACUUUACUCCAUUCAUCUUUCCCUCAAUCCUGACUAGUCUCCCAGUCCCUGCCGCUGAAAAACAUCCCCACAGCAUGAUGCUGCCACCACCAUGCUUCACCGUAGGGAUGGUGCCAGGUUUCCUCCAGACGUGACACUUGGCAUUCAGGCCAAAGAGUUAAAUCUUGGUUUCAUCAGACCAGAGAAUCUUGUUUCUCAUAGACAGUCUUUAGGUGCCUUUUGGCAAACUCAAAGUGGGCUGUCAUGUGCCUUUUACAUAAGGAGUGGUUUCCGUCUGGCCACUCUACCAUAAAUGCAUGAUUGGUGGAGUGCUGCAGAGAUGGGAGAACCUUCCAGAAGGACAACCAUCUCCACAAAGGAACUCUAGAGCCCUGUCAGAGUGACCAUCGGGUUAUUGGUCACCUCCCUGACCAAGGCCCUUCUCCCACGAUUGCUCAGCUCUAGGAAGAGUCUAGGUGGUUCCAAACUUCUUCCAUUUAAGAACGAUGGAGGCCACUGUGUUCUUGGGGACCUUCAAUGCUGCAGACAUUUUUUGGUACCCUUCCCCGGAUCUGUGCCUCGACACAAUCCUGUCUUGGAGCUCUACGGACAAUUCCUUCGACCUCAUGGCUUGGUUUUUUCUCUGACAUGCACUGUCAACUGGGAGACCUUAUAUACACAGGUGUGUGCCUUUCCAAAUCAUGUCAAAUUGAUUUUACCACAGGUGGACUCCAAUCAAGUUUUAGAAACAUCUCAAGGAUGAUCAAUGGAAACAGGAUACACCUGAGCUCAAUUUCAAGUCUCAUAGCAAAGGGUCUGAAUACUUAUGAAAAUAAGGUAUUUCUGUUAAUUAUUUUUAAUACAUUUGCAAAAAUAUCUAAACCUGUUUUUGCUUUGUCAUUAUGGGGUAUUGUGUGUAGAUAGCUGAGGAUAAAAAAUAAAUAAAUACAUUUUUUGAAUAAGGCUGUAAGGUAACAGUGUAAAAAGUCAAGGGGUCUGAAUACUUUCCGAAGGAACUGUAUAUUAUUUUACAUUUUAGUCAUUUUAUCAGAUGCUCUUAUCCAGAGCGACUUAGUGCAUACAUUUUCAUACUGGCCCCCCACAACCCUGGCGUUGAAAGCACCAUGCUCUACCAACUGAGCUAUAGGGGACUCAUAUAUAUAUAUAUAUAUAUAUAUACACUGCUCAAAAAAAUAAAGGGAACACUAAAAUAACACAUCCUAGAUCUGAAUGAAUGAAAUAAUCUUAUUAAAUACUUUUUUCUUUACAUAGUUGAAUGUGCUGACAACAAAAUCACACAAAAAAUUAUCAAUGGAAAUCAAAUGUAUCAACCCAUGGAGGUCUGGAUUUGGAGUCACACUCAAAAUUAAAGUGGAAAACCACACUACAGGCUGAUCCAACUUUGAUGUAAUGUCCUUAAAACAAGUCAAAAUGAGGCUCAGUAGUGUGUGUGUGGCCUCCACGUGCCUGUAUGACCUCCCUACAACGCCUGGGCAUGCUCCUGAUGAGGUGGCGGAUGGUCUCCUGAGGGAUCUCCUCCCAGACCUGGACUAAAGCAUCCGCCAACUCCUGGACAGUCUGUGGUGCAACGUGCCGUUGGUGGAUGGAGCAAGACAUGAUGUCCCAGAUGUACUCAAUUGGAUUCAGGUCUGGGGAACGGGCCGGCCGUCCAUAGCAUCAAUGCCUUCCUCUUGCAGGAACUGCUGACACACUCCAGCCACAUGAGGUCUAGCAUUGUCUUGCAUUAGGAGGAACCCAGGGCCAACCGCACCAGCAUAUGGUCUCAUCUCGGUACCUAAUGGCAGUCAGGCUACCUCUGGCGAGCACAUGGAGGGUUGUGCGGCCCCCCAAAAGAAAUGCCACCCCACACCAUGACUGACCCACCGCCAAACCGGUCAUGCUGGAGGAUGUUGCAGGCAGCAGAACGUUCUCCACGGCGUCUCCAGACUCUGUCACGUCUGUCACGUGCUCAGUGUGAACCUGCUUUCAUCUGAAGAGCACAGGGCACCAGUGGCGAAUUUGCCAAUCUUGGUGUUCUCUGGCAAAUGCCAAACGUCCUGCACGGUGUUGGGCUGUAAGCACAACCCCCACCUGUGGACGUCGGGCCCUCAUACCACCCUAAUGGAGUCUGUUUCUGACCGUUUGAGCAGACACAUGCACAUUUGUGGCCUGCUGGAGGUCAUUUUGCAGGGCUCUGGCAGUGCUCCUCCUGCUCCUCCUUGCACAAAGGCGGAGGUAGCAGUCAUGCUGCUGGGUUGUUGCCCUCCUACGGCCUCCUCCACGUCUCCUGAUGUACUGGCCUGUCUCCUGGUAGCACCUCCAUGCUCUGGACACUACGCUGACAGACACAGCAAACCUUCUUGCCACAGCUCGCAUUGAUGUGCCAUCCUGGAUGAGCUGCACUACCUGAGCCACUUGUGUGGGUUGUAGACUCCGUCUCAUGCUACCACUAGAGUGAAAGCACCGCCAGCAUUCAAAAGUGACCAAAACAUCAGCCAGGAAGCAUAGGAACUGAGAAAUGGUCUGUGGUCACCACCUGCAGAACCACUCCUUUAUUGGGGGUGUCUUGCUAAUUGCCUAUAAUUUCCACCUGUUGUCUAUUCCAUUUGCACAACAGCAUGUGAAAUGUAUUGUCAAUCAGUGUUGGUUCCUAAGUGGACAGUUUGAUUUCACAGAAGUGUGAUUGACUUGGAGUUACAUUGUGUUGUUUAAGUGUUCCCUUUUAUUUUUUUGAGCAGUGUAUGUAUAUAUAUAUAUUUGGAAUAGGGUGUAAUUUGGGACUCAUCCUAACGGUCUCUCCUGCCUUCCCCUAGUGUCCUCGGCCAGCAUGACCAGACUGGUGAGGUCCCGUACCGCCUCAGGCUCCAGCAUCGCCUCCUGCGACAGCAACAGGAGCCACUCUCACAGCAACGACAAACAGCCCGCCCGGGCUCACACCGACGUGUCCGUGGAGAGUGUCUCCAACAGCACCGUGGAUCAGACCGUUGUC